AUGAGCGUACCUGCUGAUUCACCAGUGGAAAAGAUCUGGACCACUCUCCGAAACUUGUUUUCCAAAUGCCACCCUAUUGCGUUCUACCGUGACACAUUUUUCACUCGGCGUCAGCUACCCUCAGAGAACGCAGAUGCCUUCCUCGCAGCCCUCCGAAUUUUGGCUCACAAAGGGUUUCCAGAUCUUCAAUUCACAGAGCUGGAAAAGUGGAUAUGUGAGCGGUUCGCGAUGGGCCUGCGCGAUCAAUACCUCCGUGACAAAUAUAUAUUGAAACUUCCUCGUUCGCUGGAGGACUUUCGCGAGAAGGCCAGGAAUCGGGAAUUUCUGGAGCAAGUCAAAACUGACCGAAUCCAUCUUGGUCAUGAUAGUUGUUCAACUUUACGCCCAUCGACCGAUGUUUUCGUAGCUGAUCACAGGCACCAUACCCCAGUACAAAAAUCCUCCGUGGAGAACUGUGUAUACUGUCAGCGGUUCGGCAAACGGGCCCAGCGCUGUGGACACAACCCACCCAUCGUUUUUCGUAAACCCCGAG